AUGGCUUUGCCGGCAAAUGCCCAAGAAGGUAGCGGCACAGCUGAAGGCAUAUAUUUAGAAAGUGAGAAAGACAGUGCUACUGUACGUACUUGGCAAGCGAAGUUAAGAGGAUCAACGAACAAGUUUGUUGGCUAUGUUGGAUCAGUUGAGGAAGCCAUGACUGUAAUAAGACAAUAUGAACUGGAAACAACAACAAAAUUCUCUUGUUUUAAAUCAGACAAAAUGUUUGGUGCUGGAGGUAAGAUAAUUAUGAAGCAAUAAAAUUAUGCACUUAUCAACUGAAAGCCGACCCCCCACCCCCGGGCCAAGGUGGGGGAACAAAGGUCGUUCGAUAAAAUUUGACAGCAUGUUUUGCCUUUGGGGGGUGGGGAUUUCUCAAGAUUUGCCAUGUUUUAUUUUUCUCCUACAGGACUGUAGGUGGGGGCUUUAAAAGUUUAAGUGCCCCCUCAUGGGGGUUAAUCACCAUUGUAGUUGACAUGAAGUCAAAUCCCCACCCUGUCCUUGGGGUGGGGGAGGGGGGAUUUCAGUUGAUAAGUGCAUAAACAAUAAGUUGGUCAUAAAAAAAUUCUUGAAUCUGAUUGGUUAUCAGCAGCUAUGAUUUUAGCAGUGCAGUGUAACAUAAUAGGGUUAAGAAUGCUGGAGUAGAAUGUAGUGUAGCUUGCACACCAGAUUACAAUCAAAAGAUUAUAAUAAACAAUGCUGGGGGAGAAAUAUGCUAGAGUAGAAUGUGCAUAUUCUAAACACAGUGGUAUUCAUUGCAUGAACAAUUUAUGAAUCAAAGACAUGAAAUACCGUAAAAUUCCGAAAAUAAGCCCCGGGGCUAAUAUUUUUCAAAGGCCCUUUUUGAGGGGCUUAUUUUUGGAGGGGCUUAUAUUCGGAGGGGCUUAUAUACGGAGGGAAAUUUGCGUUUCAAAAUCGAUUGGGCUAGCCUUAUAGUUGGAAGUAAAUUUACCGUUUUUGCUUUGUUUUAUUUUGUAUUUGAGGGCAAUUUUCCAAGUACAAGCCCCCGGGGGGCUUAUAUUUGGAGGGGCGAUUUUACGGAGGGUUUUUUGCGUUACCAGUUUGGGGGGCUUAUAUUUGGAGGGGCUUAUACACGGAGGGGCUAACGGUAUCUUGAAAUCUAUGGUUGACUGAGUACUAUUUGCAAAGGGUGCAUGUAAUACAUUGGCUUGACUGUGGUGUAGGUUGCAUACCAGAUUACAAUCAAAAUUAUAAUAAACAAGGCUAUGCUCUAAGAAAAAAAAUUCGGGGAGCCCAAAACACUAAACCUUUAACAUUCUGGCUGCUCAGCAUAGCAAUUUUGGGCAAAAACUAAGAUUGCCUUCUUGCCGAAAAGCAACAGUAAGUCACCAGGGGCCUCUCAGGACUGCUAGAGUACAGCCCUAAUAAACAUAAUACAGACUUUCCUUGUUUCCAUGACACAGAUCCCUUUGCCAAGCAAAGAAAAGUCUAUUUCAAAGAUGACAAAAUUCCAUUUGAUGGAGUACCAUUCAGUAUAAUUGGCACCAAGGUAUUUGACUGCCAACAUGGACCAGACAGGAAAAAGUCAUUUAAAGCGAGACAUUCUGAAGAGAAGGUAUGUUGGUUAUGACUAAAAAAUAUCUGCAUUUUUACUUCACAGCCACAGCCUUUUUGGUGCUUUUAGCACUAAACUGUAAGGAAUCUAUAAUAUUAAUCUUCUAACUACAGGUUGAUGAUCACUCAUUCAAAAGGAGGAGGUUUCUACCUCAAGACACAAUGAAGUUUGGCUGCCCUGCGAGUAUUCGUUUAUCAGAAGUCAUAAAGUAUUGCAAUUACAAGGUACAAAACCACCAUCACAAUAGUGAUAAUAGCAAUUGACAUUAUACUUCCGCUCAGUUAAAUACAUCCCUUCAUUUCAUAACUUAUUACUGUCUUUUAACUCUAUUAGAUCAGGGAUGACACAGAAAGACUAAGAAGGGACAUGUCCAAAAAGCUGAAGACUGAUAUAACCAGCGGACAGAAACCCCAAGUGGAACGCAGAAUUUAUAUUCAAUUACCAAAGGAGGAUGAACACAAAGAUCACAUCACUGGAGAGGUCUGUUGAUGUCAAUGGAAAGAACUGGGACACUACCUUAACUUGAGAACAAUAAUAUUAACUUUUGUUUUUGGCUCUUUUUGUUUGAGUAAUAGUUGAAGGCUUAGGGAAAAACACUUUGAAUGGGUAGGACAAGAGUUGAGUCAUUUUCAUAUAAACCUUCUAGUUUUUCAUGUAUAAAUCAUUAUGGUAAUUAUAGUUUCGGACAGGUAUUACUUUCCUAUGAAAAGGCAAGAAGGCAUGUGAAAGAAAGUCAAGACAGACCUUCCACUCAAAGGCUAGGUCACAAAGUACAACAGGUGUAUGGGUAGCUACAUGCUAUGUAGUGUUAACAAUCAUAGACUAGGUCUGUAAAUGAAGUAAUGAUCAUGAAAAAAGGUCCAAGUAGUGUCUAGGACUAAAAUAGAAGCUGAUAAAAAAUAAACAAAAUUGUCUAGGAAUUAUUAUUUCAACUGAUUUGUUGCUAUUCUAUCCAAAUAAUUUGUUUUUUGAAUGUUGUUGUUGACAGAAGUGACCAGGGGCGUAGCCAGGAUUUUUCAAAGGGGGGGUCACAGAGGCUACUCGUUAUGUUAAGCAGGGACACCAUCCGGGGAUCGCCGACUGUAUAUGGUUUAUACCACUGCUCUCCCUUGUGUAUCAGCGGGCUCAGUCGUAUUAUCGCGGCAUGAAGGCCCAUGUUAACUUAAGACAAGAGCCGUUGAGGAAAAUACUUUACAAAAAACAAAUUUUAAAAAAGUGGGCUUUUCAACAAUGGCUUUUACGGCCAAGAUAUUGUCAUGGCGGUUUUGCCACCUGAAUAUUGUAGGUUGUUUGCUCAAAAGAAGGCCUACCAAGGGGGUCACGGGCACCCCAAGACCCCCCCCUAGCUACGCCCCUGGUGACAUUUCAUUCAUUACAUGUAAGUGUAGUGUAAUGUACAUUGGGGGGGUCACGGGCACCCCAAGACCCCCCCCCUAGCUACGCCCCGGUGACAUUUCAUUCAUUACAUGUAAGUGUACAUUGUACCAGCAGUGCCUACAACUAUGAGCAUGGCUGUCAAAAUAUUUCUGUCAAAAAAGUAAUUCCAUUUUCAUUUUUCUCCUCAUGUAUCAAACAAUCAGAUUGGUGGCAUUCUCCAGCCCAUCGACAAACGGCUUGUAGACAAGAUUGGAGAGCUUGUUGGCGAAGGUGUGAAAACUGUGGACGAAAUGAAAAGACAUCUUAGGCAAUUCGUAAAAACUGAACUAUUUCCAGGGCAAUCUCCACCAGCAUCAACAAACAGGCGCUAUUAUCCAACAGAUGUGGACAUCAGGAACCACAUGUAUCAGGCAUCAGUAAAAAAAUCCUGGCCAAAUCUGAUUAGGAAAACCUUGAAAAGAAAAUUGAAAAUUGGUGUCAGGAGAACCCACAAGACUCUUUCUAUUUUAGACCCUGUGCCCUAUAAGCCUCAUCAACAGCUUCUGAAAGCAUCAACAAUGAGGAAACAGAUCAAAAUUGUGUGCGAGAUGAUCUUUUGUUUGCUCAUCAAACAGCCUGGCAAAAGCAACUCAUGA